AUGUUUAAAGAUGAGCGAUUCAAAAGGAAAUAUGCUGAGAGAUUACGCAAUUUAAUAAAUCAACACAGGUUUAUUUUAAAUAAUACUUUAGAGCUGCGUAACAUUCUAAGUGGCCCGAUGUUGUGUCAACUGGCGGUGAGCACAAUAUUGAUUUGUUCCAUCGCAUACCAAGUUAUUUUGUCCAUAUCUGUGAACUUGACUAAAUGCCUGAUGAGUCUUUUUUACCUCGGAUAUAACAUGACAAUACUUUAUGUACUUUGUAGUUGUGCCGAGGAAGUGACGAUACAGAACGAGGGCAUCGGUACGGCAUUGUAUUGCUCGGGCUGGGAACGCGGUUUGGCAACAAUUCCCGGAGUACGAUCCAGCCUCCUGUUAAUCCUCACACGUGCUAACAAACCGCUCGUCCUUACGGCCGGGGGCAUGUAUGAUCUGUCAUUGGCUUCUUAUGCCAAUUUGGUGAAAACAUCGUACAGCGCUUUGACCGUACUACUACGAUUCCGCCAU